AUGAAAGGUCUCUUUACCACUAUUUCCGCUUGUUCCUCUUCAUCCGAGUCCUCCUCUGAUUCAUCAUCAUCCUUAUCUCCAUCUUCCUCUCCAUUUGUUCUCGCUUUCAAUAAUCUAACCUAUAACGUAAACACAUCUGAGGAAGUGACACUUUCAAGUAUGUUUCGUCGUAAAAAUACCACAGGAAUGAGUACGUUCUCUAAUAAAAAAGUGUUGUUGAAUGAUAUCUCAGGUGAAGCUAGAGAAGGUGAGAUUUUAGCUAUUCUUGGUCCUAGUGGCUCUGGGAAGACAACUUUGAUCGACGCACUUGCAAGUAGGAUCUCCAAGAAAAGUUUGAAGGGAUCUGUGAAAAUGAACGGCGAAAAUCUAGAGCCUGGGGUUCUUAAAAUGAUAUCUGCUUAUGUCAUGCAAGAUGAUCUGUUAUACCCCAUGUUAACAGUGGAAGAGACACUCAUGUUCUCCGCCGAGUUUAGAUUGCCUCAUACACUCUCCAAAUCCGAGAAGCUGGCAAGAGUUCAAGCUGUGAUCGAUGAGCUAGGAUUGCGUGAUGCAGCAAAGACCAUUAUAGGAGAUGAAGGUCACAGAGGCAUCUCCGGAGGUGAACGUCGACGCGUUUCAAUUGGAGUUGAUAUAAUUCAUGACCCAAUUUUGUUAUUUCUUGACGAGCCAACAUCAGGACUUGACUCAUCAUGUGCUUUCAUGGUCGUGAAAGUCCUGCAACGAAUUGCUCGUACCGGGAGGAUAGUCAUUAUGUCUGUGCACCAACCUAGCUCCAGACUUGUUGGCCUACUCGACCAACUGAUAUUCCUCUCCCAUGGAGAAACCGUCUACAACGGCCCAUCCACAAAUCUCUCCCUUUUCUUGUCGGAUUUUGGUCAUCCCAUCCCAGAAAAUGAUGAAAGGACCGAAUUUAUGCUUGAUUUAUAUCGCGAACUUGAAGGUGUACCUGGUGGAAGAAAAUGUAUCGUCGAAUUCAACAAAUCUUGGCAGAAGCUACAAAGUCACCCCUCUUACAGUUCCGAGAAUUUCAAUCUAAGCUUAAAAGAAGCAGUAAGUGCUCGUAUAUCAAGGAGGAAACUCAUCUACAAUGAUGCUAAUGACACUGGUCCAACAGUGACCGUCUCAAAUUUUGCGAAUCCAUUUUGGUCUGAAAUGAUUGUGCUGAUGAAACGAUCAUUAACAAACUCAAAGCGAAAACCGUCAGCAAUUCUGCAUCAAAUAUGUGCCGUGGUGGUUGUUUCUUCUAUAAUGGCCAGUCUGUUUUGGAACCUAGAGAAAACAGAAGUAGGUGUUCAACAAAGAGUAGGGUUCUUCGCGUUUAUAGUUACAACAAUCUUCUUUGGUAGCACAGAGGUGCUCGCAGUUUUCGUUCAAGACAGGUACAUCUUCAUGAGAGAAACAGCUUAUAACGCAUACCGCCGGUCAUCAUUCAUUUUAUACCGCUCCAUUAUAGUUAUACCCAGAGUACUCAUAUUAUCUAUUUUAUUAGCAUCAAUAACGUUCUGGUCAAUCGGUCUGUACGGUGGAUCUCCUAGUUUCUUAUUCUAUUUUUCUGUGAUAUUCGUGUCAAUGUGGGCAGGUGAUUCGUUCGUUAGUUUGGUUUCAGGAUUAGUUUCUCAGGUUAUUUUGGGUUACAUUGUGGCUGUGCCUUCAAUUGGUAUAUUUCUUUUAUUCAGCGGCUUCUUUAUCAGUAGAGAUCAUAUUCCGACGUACUGGAUCUGGUUCCAUUAUAUUUCCGUUGUGAAGUAUCCGUACCAAGCCAUGCUAUUGAAUGAAUUCGACAACCCGAAUUUGUGUCUGCUUGAUGAUCCAAAUAAGUCUUGUAUGCUAACUGGAGUUGAUAUAGUAAGAAAACAAGGUAUAACUGAUUUAAGCAAAUGGAUUUGCUUGUGGAUCAUUUUGGCUCUGGGUAUUUUCUAUGGAAUUCUCUUUUACUUGUCUUUGUUGUUUGGAAGCAGGAACAAGCGGAAGUAG